AUGUCGUCACCAAUGUUUGCAAGUGUAGACUCUUUCAAGCAGCCUACACUCCGUGAGGAGUCAGGCUACGCUUCAGCCGAAUCCAGCCAGGAGAGUCUGCCUGAAGUUUAUUUUACAAAGCCUCACUUGAAGUUCAUCAACGCACAGCUACAAAAGCUCGAGCCUCAAGAUGUUCUCCGAUGGUGCAUUACAUCUCUGCCUGGACUGUUCCAGACUACCGCCUUUGGACUCACUGGCCUCGUCACUGUGGACAUGCUUUCGAAGCUUGACGGACCACUGAAGCACAACAUCGACUUGAUCUUUUUGGACACACUAUACCACUUCGAUGAAACAUAUGCCCUUGUCGAUCGAGUAAGGAGGCGAUACGGAACACCGGUCCACGUCUACAAGCCUGCCGGCUGCGACAAUGUCAACGACUUUACUGCCAAGCACGGUGACAAGCUCUGGGACACCAACGACGAACUCUACGACUACGUUGCCAAGGUAGAGCCCGCUGAGCGUGCCUACUCUGAACUCCAAGUCAAGGCCGUCCUGACUGGCCGUCGACGCAGCCAAGGUGGAAAGCGAGGAGACCUAGACAUCAUCGAGAUCGACGAGGCUGGCCUCAUCAAGAUUAACCCUCUAGCCAACUGGAGCUUUGCCCAGGUCAAGGAAUACGUUGACGCCAACGACGUCCCAUACAACGACCUCCUCAACAGGGGUUACAAGAGUGUUGGUGACUGGCACUCUACACAGCCAGUAGCUGCAGGAGAGGAUGAGCGAUCAGGGCGCUGGAAGGGAAAGGCCAAGACUGAGUGCGGUAUCCACAACCCCAAGUCACGAUACGCUCAAUUCCUUCAGGAGCAGGCGAUGAAGCAACAAAACGAGGACCUAGCCAACAAGCUGCAAGAGGUCUCGUUGAACGUUUAG